CACGGGAAGCGUGCGUUCCACAGAGCGGGUGGUUGCUGGGUGCCAUGCCUGUCCAUGUAGUGCGAGAUGGGCACAUUGAAGCUCAGCUUCCCAGCACCGCGCGCAGGAUCCAGCUCAGAGCCCUGCAGCUCGGCGCUAACCUGGCAGACACUUACCUCCUGGGUCAGGUUUCACUAACCUAUCCUUCUUCUAAGCUUGGAAAUGGGUUGGAAUUAUUCAAAUUUGUUCUUGAAGAUCCUUCUGAAAAAAAUGCAAAAUUGAAAGCCAUUAACACUUUUAUCUUCGGAAAGAUGGCUGUAGAAUGUGGAAAAGCUAUGCGACAAGGGGAUACUGUUGUGGUUUUUGGUUUUGAUUUAACGAAGUCUCCAUCUGUAAGCAGAGAUGGGCGACAUAGAUGCCAAAUAGAAUUGUCUGAAGAAAAAGGAUCAGAGAUUUAUAUUUUAAAUAAAUCAGGUUCCCGGGCAGAAUCUACAGCUUCUGGAUCAAAAUAUUCCUAUACUACUCUUGACCAACUCAAAGAAGGCAUGGUAGCCAACCUUUUUGGCGUUGUCAAAUUUUUCAAGCCGCCUUAUCGAAGCAAAGGAACAGACUAUUGUUCAGCCAUAACUAUUGUGGAUCCAUCGGAUGUCAAGUUAAAAUGUAUGCUCUUCAGCGGAAGUACAGAUACUCUGCCUAAAGUUUAUAAAAUUGGGGAUAUUGUAAGAUUUCAUAGAAUAAAGAUUCAAUCAUUCCAUGAGGAAAUCCAAGGUAUUACUACAGCUGGUUUUUCAGCAUUGGUAUUUGAUGGUACGGUUGGUGCACCGAUGUGUCCCAGAACCUCAAGUAACUCGUACACCUUUACUAAAGAAAACGAAAAAAACGUAGACGCUUUACGCAAAUGGGCAAUUAAUCAUCUCGACCUUCCAGGAUCGAGAGUAAAACUGUCAGACGUGCAGCCUCUACAAUAUUUUGAUUUGAUCUGUCAUCUUGUUGCAAAGGCAGAGGUUGAUAAAACAUCUUAUCUCCUAAAAGUUUGGGAUGGUACCAAAUGUGUUUCCCCUACAUGGAAAAUUUGUGUAGAAGACGAGGCCCUGGAAGGGGAAAGAAGUCUUAUCCACAAACUGCGCAAUCUCACAGUAGAUGUUUUGGUUUAUGAUAAUCACGUGGAAUCUGCGAAAUCUCUGAAGGUUGGAAGCUGCAUUGUAAUUCACAGCGUACAUACAAAGCUUCAUGCAGCCAACGCUGAGAAUCAAACCAGUGCAUCAUAUCUGGAAUUUUACCUUCAUGGAGGCACAGGUUAUGGCCGUGGAAUUACUGUUCUACCCGACAAUAAUUAUGACGCCCAAGAGCUUAAGAAAUUUCUAGACACUGUUGACCCAAAAGAGUAUGACCGUUACGAGGAGCCUUGCAUCUCUGAAGCACCAUUAGUUCUCACAUCUCAUUGUGAUUGGCAGACUAUACCUCUGGCCACUGUAAUCAACAGUCCCGCUCCAAACAAAUUCCGUGUCCGAGCGCAACUGCAACGUUUUCAGCCGCAGAGACUCGAUCAAUCUGUUAAGCUUCACUGCACGAAAUGUAAAUCACUGCAGGAUGCUCCAGAGGAGCACGAUUUAAACAUUAUUUUUCAAGAGCGUGUCAUGUUACAUCCAAAGCCAGUUAUCCAGAAUACAGAGUGGUAUCAGUCUGCGGUAUGGGGCACUAAUAAUCCAAACAGGUGUAUAGCUGCUCAUUUUGUGAGAAAAUGUGAUUUACACCAAGACCCAGAAAACACUUUAAUCAUGGUGGAAGGAGCUGCGUUGCAGGAAAUUUACAAACUAUCAAAACACUUCGGCAGCGUAAUACCUGUUAAAUCUGACAAGCAACAACUCGAAAUAGAUCUCUCGGCCCCGUUUCUCAUUGAAGGCAACAGAUGGCAUUAUGGGUGCAGAAACUGUUCCAAUGUUAAACGUAUAGAUGCACUCAUUCCUCUAGCAAACACAUCUUCCUGGGAGACCACUGCAAUAGCAGAAGCAUUGGGUAUUGAACCGCUAAGACACGUGUUUGUCAUGAAUUUUACGUUGGCCGAUGAAACGGGUCUGCUUAAGGCCUACCUAUGGAACUAUGCUGAACAGUUUUUUCAGAUACCUGCCUCUGAGAUAUUAAUGGACAGUCUUCUUCAAGACAAACUCUGCAAGAUAAUGGAAACACUGUGCCCUCCAAGAAAAAAUAACAGUGAAUGUCCUUGGCUGGAAUUCUGUAUUCGUUCCUACAAUUCUUCAGAUGGCGGAAAAGAACACAUUUGCUAUGAGGUAUUUGAUACUGAAGUCACAGGAACAAUUUUAAAUCAUUGAUCUCUUCAAAGCUACAAGAAGAAGCCCGUUCAGAAGCAGCAAUUUUAUUUAUUUUAUUUUUUUGUGUGUUUAACAUGUUAAUUUGCCUAUUGUUUCAAUCAAGCACUGUGGAUUCUAAAUUAAACACACGACUGACACUUUUGUAUAAGUGUGUUAACUGCUAAUGAACCGCUGUGGUUCAUUUUUGUUAUAGUGACCAUGUUUAUAUUGGCAUAUCCCUUAUGAUGUCUUUUUGUAUAUAUAUUUUUAAAUAUGAUCUGUUGAAGGGAAGACAAAAAUAAAUGAAUCAUGGAUUAUUCAUUGUUGUGGCAGCUACCUUUCAAUGCAUUGUAAUAUAGAUCUAUGGCGUUCUGUUGCAGUGUAAAUACCAAUAACUAAAUCUGAAAUUGUGUUUUAGAAUCUUAUUGUGUAAAUACACUUAAUUUGUGGCAAUUUAUAUACAACACAGCUUGGC